GGACAUUCUUUUGUGGAGUUGUUCUUGAGUUUCGUAUUCGUAUAAUUGAUUGUGCUGUGUUGUCUUGUAUCUCUUAUGAUUUCUGACAAAAACGGUUUUUGUGUUGUUUGAUUUAGUUGAAAGAUUAUGGCCAGAAAAAACGAGGGAUGUGCAGUGGGGAUAGACCUCGGAACAACGUACUCGUGUGUUGCAGUAUGGCAGGAGCAGCAGGGGCGAGUGGAGAUCAUCCACAAUGACCAAGGCAACAACAUCACUCCUUCUUUUGUUGCUUUCACAGACAAACAAAGAUUGAUAGGUGAUGCUGCUAAAAACCAGGCUGCCACCAAUCCAGAGAACACUGUGUUUGAUGCUAAAAGAUUAAUUGGUCGGAAGUGUAGUGAUCCCAUUGUUGAAAAAGAUAAAAGGUUGUGGCCAUUCAAGGUCAUUCCUGGUGAUGAUGACAAACCCAUGGUUGUAGUUAACUACAAGGGUCAGCAAAAGCACCUUUCAGCCGAGGAAAUAUCAUCAAUGGUUCUCUCAAAAAUGAGGGAGAUUGCAGAGACCUUUCUGGAAAAACCUGUGAGGAAUGCAGUGGUUACUGUUCCUGCUCAUUUCAAUGACUCUCAGCGUAAAGCUACAGUAGAUGCAGGAACCAUUGCUGGCCUCAAUGUUAUGCGGAUAAUCAAUGAACCCACAGCUGCAGCUAUUGCAUAUGGUCUUGACAAGAGAACCAAAAGUGUUGGAGAGAGAAAUGUUUUCGUAUUUGACCUCGGAGGUGGUACCUUUGACGUGUCUAUCCUCACAAUUAAGGAUAAGGUGUUCCAAGUUAAGGCUACUGCAGGAAACACUCAUCUUGGGGGAGAAGACAUUGAUAACAGAAUGGUGGAGUACUUUGUGGAGCAUAUCAAAAGGAAAUACAAAGUGGACAUUAGUGGGAACCCAAGAGCUCUAAGGAGGUUGAGAACUGCAUGCGAAAGAGCAAAAAGGACACUCUCGUCUACACUCACUACAAACAUUGAGAUAGAUGCCUUAUUUCAAGGUAUUGACUUCUGUUCUUCGAUCACUCGUGCAAAGUUCGAUGAAAUCAAUAUGGAGCUCUUUGAAGAGUGUAUGGAGACCGUAGAUAGAUGUCUCAGCGAUGCUAAGAUGGACAAGAACAGUGUGCAUGAUGUUGUACUAGUUGGUGGCUCUUCUAGGAUUCCUAAAGUGCAGCAACUAUUGCAGGAGUUCUUCAAGGGAAAGGAUCUGUGCAAGAGCAUCAACCCUGACGAAGCUGUUGCUAACGGUGCAGCUGUUCAAGCUGCUUUGUUGUGUGAAGGCAUUGAGAAUGUUCCUGACCUGGUGUUGUUGGAUGUGACACCGCUGUCACUUGGUACAUAUACAACGGGAGAUAUCAUGAAUGUAAUGAUUCCUAGGAAUACUGGAAUUCCUGUAAAGAGGACAGAAGAGUUUGGAACAGUUUAUGAUGAUCAAACCAGUGCCUCGAUUAAGGUUUAUGAGGGUGAAAGAACAAAAGCGAGUGAGAACAAUUUGCUGGGGCUUUUUAGUCUUACCUUUCCUCCAGCUCCUCGUGGGUAUCCUAUUCUUGUGUGCUUUGGCAUUGAUGAAAAUGGUACUCUAUCUGUUUCUGCCGAGGAUCAAACCACGGGCAAUAAGAACCAGAUUACCAUAACCAACAACAAAGAGAGACUGUCAGCUGAAGAAAUGAGUAGAAUGAUUAAAGAAGCUGAAAUUUAUGAGGCCGACGAUAGGAAGUUCCUCAGGAAGGCUAACGCAAUGAAUUCUUUGGAUGAUUAUGUUUACAAGAUGACGAAUGCUUUGAAGGACAAGUAUAACAGAUCAAAGCUUUCCUUGACACAAAAGUUGAACAUCAGUUCUGCAAUUACUAAGGCCACAUAUUUGCUUGAUGAUGAUAACCAGCAGGUUGAAGUAGAUGUAUUUGAGAAUUAUCUGAAGGAACUCGAGAGUCUCUUUGGUCAGACAUUGGACAUCAAUGGUUAGUUUAAUGUUAUCUUGACACAGCUUGAUAUAUUGUUAUUGUGUCUCACUUGAGAGCAUUCUGCUUUUGAAUUGGCUCACCCUGAUGUACUGCUUUGUCUUAAGAAAAAUAAAAGUCUAUUCUCAA